AUGACCCGCAAGUGGCGUCUCUCUUGCCCCCGCUGGCAGUAUCUCGUUCUGGUUCUCGUUGUUUGUGUCGCUGUAUCUCCUUCCGCUGCGUGGCGACAUUCGCUUCGGAAUUCGCGAAAAGGUGGUGGAUUUACAGCUAACGUGACAGUGGAAAAGUACGCGGACGCUCUACAGAACGUACACGACGCCAACGUGUCCGAAAGCCUCGAGCUCCUAAGCAAACUGUCGCUCAAGCGAUACGAAUUCAAAUACGACUCGGUGGCCGGUCGCACUACUCUCUUAGGCGUUCUAGGUCCUGAAUUGCACUCUGUAGCCCCCGAAGUGGUCCAAAUACUACCCGAGCGCUUCGUGUUUGAUCGAGAUGGUCGAGGCAAGAUCGCACUGCAGGAUUUCCACGUGGUGGACAAGGACGCUCUCUACAUGCACAACCUGGGAGCCACACAGCAACUCCUUCUCAACUUAAACCGCCAAGAGGAGGAGAUUUUAACACUCAGACAGUUAACAGUAGUGCAGCAACACAAAAUCGACGAGUUGCAAAGUUACCUAGAGCAAGAGGCCAGUGCGCAACUGGUGCAGCGCAGACUGAUCGCUGAAGCGCAGUUGGCUCAGACAGAGAAGCUCAUUGAGGAAGCGAAAGUACGAGGAGAGGAAGAGCGCAAGACGUUGGACUUAAAGCGAGAGCAUGAGCUGCAGGUGGAGAAUGAGAAACACUCGUUGGAGCACAAACGAAUGCAAGAGGACGACGCGGCACGACGCGACCAAAACCGCGAGCUGGUGCAUCUGCAAGAAGAGUCGAAUGUCCGCAUUGAGCGCGCCAGACGCGAGACAGAGGAGGUUCUAAAGGAGAAACAACUAGCAGCCGACCAUUCCCGCGCCUUGUUGGAGCGGAAUACGACGCUGGAGAAGGCGGCGAUCGACGUGGACGGCCGCAUCCGCCAACAGCGAGCCAAUCAGGACAUUGAGAUGGCGCAGCUGCAGCAGCGACUGGAAGCGGAUCGCGUCAAGCUCAUGCAAGCUCUACAGGCCACAUUCGACAAUCUUGGCCAGGGGAUUGCCGUGCUCUUGGCCGACAAACAGAAGCUUAUCAAGUUUGUUGGUGGGUUUGUGGCGUUAGCUGCGGGAAUUUACCUCAGUAGAGAAGCUAUCCGGAUCAUCGGCAAGCUGAUCGAACAAAGAUUAGGGAAACCUUCCCUCGUGCGCGAAACGUCGCGGUCUUCUGGCGCAUUCGGCUUUUUGAGCGCUCUGAUUCGUCGAAAACAUGCCAAAGGUCCAGACGAGCUGGCCGAUGUGGUGCUGAGGAGCUCGCUGGAGACGCGCGUGCUGGAGAUCGCCCGCUCGACGCGCAAUGCGAUGCUCCAUGGCGCUCCGUACCGGCAUUUACUGCUAUACGGGCCUCCAGGAACCGGUAAAACGAUGGUAGCCAAGCGUCUGGCUAGAGCUUCAGGCAUGGACUACGCGAUUCUAAGUGGCGGAGACGUGGGUCCACUGGGAUCAGACGCGGUGACGGAGCUGCAUGCUCUCUUUAAAUGGGCCAACUCGUCGCCACGUGGCGUCUUGAUCUUUAUCGAUGAGGCGGAAGCUUUCCUUGGCUGCAGAGCCACGCGCAAGACUCACAUGAGUGAGGCCAUGCGCAAUGCCCUGAAUGCCUUACUGUACCAUACAGGAACUCAGUCGAAGAAGUUUAUGCUGGUGGUAGCGACUAACAGACCAGAGGAUCUCGAUACGGCAGUCACGGAUCGAAUCGACGACACGCUCCACUUUGACUUGCCCGAGGAGAAGGAGCGUGUGCGACUACUGCAAAUGUACUUUGACGAGUACGUCGCCCAUCUGGCUGUUCCUCCUGACGCACUUAAGAGUACGAACGUGAUUGGGAAAGCUGACAAGGCGUCGGUUAGUGCGCUGCCUCCUGUUCUGGAUGCCAGCGUCAUGACGCAGUACGGAGAUAUGACGACGGGGAUGAGCGGCCGAGAGAUUGCCAAGAUGAUGCUCUACAUGCAGAGCAUCGUGUAUGCACAGGACCAAGUGGUCGUGACGCUCAAGCUCGUGGACCGAGUCGUUAAAGAAAAGGUGAACGAACACAAACGCAAACUGGAGCUCAAGAACUAUAGCGAAAAGUAAAAAAAAACAUUCCCAGAAA